AUGGCGACUGAUGUACCCCGAACAGUGGAGCUGGGAACACGUGUCGUAACGUUUCCUUCGGUAGAGCUCCAGCAACUGCAAGAUUCCAAUCAUCUUCUGGGAAAUACACAGGCAUUACGGGACAAACUACACGAGCAAGGGUACCUCUUUCUUCGAGGAUUUCACGACAGAGAAGAGGUUCUACAAGCUCGAGAGGCAGUUAUACGAUAUGUGGCUUCUGGGGGCAACGGAAAGAUAAUGGAACCCGCAACAAAAGGAGUGCUUGAUUCCAGAUGUGGUAUUGGAUGUAUUCCCUUCAUGGAGGGAAGAAAUGACAUCACACAUACGGAAGAAGUAAUACGGGUACUUGAAGGUCCAAGGCCCAAGAAAUUCUUCAAAGAGCUGUUCGGUUCCGAAAGUAUUACCUUUGACUACAAAUGGUUAAGAGGGAUCCACCGUCGCGCGUUUACCGGAGCGCAUGUGGAUAACGUGUACAUGGGUCGUGGCAGUCAGAAUCUUGUGACGUUGUGGACACCAUUCGGUGACGUCAACGUGGAAAUGGGCACGCUUUGCAUGUGUGAGGGAUCACACAAGCUCGAGGGCUUCAAGCGAUUUCAGGAAACAUACGGUAGCUUAGAUGUCGAAGCCGCCAAUCUUAAAGGGAGCGGCUGGUUCACACACGAUCCUGAUGAGAUCAGUGCCAGGUUCGGCGGUCAAUGGAAAACAACAGAUUUCAAGGCUGGAGACGUCCUUCUGUUUACCAUGAGAACUGUCCAUAUGUCGACCUCCAAUUUGACAGAUUUCAUACGGAUAAGCUGUGACACACGAUGGCAGCCUGCCUCUGAACCGGUUGACAGAAGGUUUAUGGGUCGUUUUGAUUCUAAACACGAUGUUCAGUAUGGACUCUAUGCAGACAGUGAUAAAGUAUUGGAUUCAGUUACAAUGGAAACAUUACGCUAUAAGUGGGGAAUAUAA